AUGUGGAAUUCAAAUAUUUAUCAAGAUCAAGAUCUUAAACAAAAUGAUAUUAAUAUUGAGUUACAUGAGUUGAAUGGAUUUGAAUCAUCUGAUGAAGAAUCUAAUAUUGGGUUAAUUAAAAGUGAAGUUAUACAUUCUUCUUCUUCAUCUUCUUUUAGCUUCCCUUGUCAAAGAUUACAAAGAUUGAAAAAUCUGGUUACUUUCAAUUCAAAAUCAUCAUCAUCAUCAUCCAAAUCAAAAUCAAAUUACAUAUAUUUAAUAAUGGGAUUAAACUUAAUAAUAUUAUUCAUAAUAUCAAUAAUCAUAAGUAUCAAAUCAACAUCUCCAAUAAUAAAACCAAUAAUCUUUUGGAAAGAUUAUUUACAUUCAAAUAAUCAAUUACAAAACCUCAAGGCAAAUAAUCUGAAUAAUUUAAUCAAUUAUAAAACACAUUUAAAUUCAAAUGAAACAUCAUCUGAAACAUAUCCAAUCCAUUCCCAUAAUGAUUAUUGGAGAUCAAUCCCAUUAUUUAAUGCCUUGGAAUUGGGGAUAAAUUCAGUUGAAGCUGAUGUUUGGUAUUUACCAACUAUAAACUCCAAUGAAUUAUACGUUGGUCAUAAAAAAUUAUUAUUAUCUCAAUAUAAAACACUUGAUUCUUUAUAUUUAUCAAAUUUAGAAACUUUAUUAGAUGAAUUAAAUCAACAACAUAUAACUAAUGGUUUAUUCAAUGGAGUUUUAAAAAAUUCAUCAAAAACUUUAAAUUUAAUUAUUGAUAUUAAAACUAAUGCAAAUGAAACUUUUAAUCAAGUAUUAAGUCAAUUAAAACCUUUUAUUGAUAAAAAUUAUUUAACUUUUUAUGACUCAACAACAAAGGAAUGGGAAAUUGGUCCAUUAACUAUUCAUAUAAGUGGUAAUAUUCCUUAUGAAUUAAUUAAAUCACAAGAAAAAAGGUAUACAUUCAUUGAUUCUAAAUUAGAUUCCCCUGAAUUCCAAAAACAAUAUAAUAAUGAAUUAUCAAUAUUCACAUCAUCAUCUUUGAAAAAUUUGAUUAGAUCUAAACCAAAUAAUGAUGGAUUAACCCAAGAACAAUUGGAUAUAUUAGAAGAUAAAUUUCAUACGGCUCAAACCAUGGGGAUCAAAACAAGGAUAUGGGAUAUUCCAAAUCAUCAAAAUAAUCAAAGAGAUGAGAUAACUAUGGAUUUAUUGAAAAUAGGUGUUGAUAUGAUUAAUUGUGAUGAUUUAAAGAAUUGUAUAAAAUUGUUAAAAGAGUUUAAAGAGAUAUAG